AGACCAGCCUGGACAGCGGGUGCUCAGCCCCUCCCUCACUAGCAACAAAGAAAAGCUUCAGCUGGAGCCUAGCAUGGAGGCGGCCACCGCGCUGGAGGGAGCCCCAUGCUCCCAGCGGCAGGCGGAAGCAGCUGCAGACCCAGCGGUGCGGGCUGAAGGACCCCAGGCUUCGAGUCAGCAGGAGGCAGGCAGCCGCUCUCUGCAGCAACUGCCCUCCAUUGAAGAGCAUCCCAAGAUCUUGCUACCUCGGGCCCUGAGACAGCCUUACAUCCGGAAAGUUGGCGAGACAGUGAACCUGCUCAUCCCCUUCCAGGGCAAGCCCAAACCUCAAACCACCUGGACUCACAACGGCUCGGCCCUGGACAACAGCCGUGUGAGCGUGCGGCAUGGGGAGCAGGACUCCAUUCUUUUUAUCAGAGAAGCCCAACGUGCCGAUUCAGGAUGCUACCAACUCUGUGUACAGCUCGGUGGGCUGCAAGCCACUGCCACCAUCAAUAUCCUGGUGAUUGAGAAGCCAGGCCCUCCUCAGAGUAUUAAGCUGGUGGAUGUUUGGGGCUCCAGUGCUACUCUGGAAUGGACACCUCCACAAGACACGGGCAAUACAGCACUCCUGGGAUACACGGUGCAGAAGGCCGACAAAAAAUCCGGGCUCUGGUUCACAGUACUGGAGCAUUUUCACCGCACCAGCUGCAUCGUCUCCAACCUCAUCGUUGGGAACUCCUACGCCUUCCGUGUCUUUGCGGAGAACCAGUGUGGGCUCAGUGAAACGGCCCCUGUCACAGCUGACCUUGCCCACAUCCAGAAAGCGGCUACUGUUUACAAGACCCAGGGGUUUGCCCAGCGGGACCUCUCCGAAGCCCCCAGGUUCACCCAGCCACUGGCAGACUGCACUACCAUCACCGGCUAUGACACCCAACUCUUCUGCUGUGUGCGUGCCUCUCCCAGGCCCAAGAUCGUCUGGCUAAAGAACAAGAUGGAUCUCCAAGGCAACCCCAAGUACAGAGCCCUUAGUCACCUGGGGAUCUGCUCCCUGGAAAUCCGAAAGCCUAGUCCCUUUGAUGGAGGCAUCUACACCUGCAAGGCCAUCAAUGCACUGGGGGAGGCGUCCGUGGACUGUCGGGUGGAUGUUAAAGCUCCUCAUUAAGGCUGUCCUAAGGAAACAGGAUCUCCGAGGAAGGAGAAAGUGCUGUGUGUAAACUGAUGGAUAAGGAGAGAAUGAGAGACCUAGGUCCCAACAUUCCCUGACCUUCAGCUCCUUGAUGAAGACAACUGAGCACGAAUUCGAUCCCUCAAACCAUUUAUUUAAGCUCAUCAAUGAUACAUAGCAAAUGAAAACCCUAAGGGCUGCACAAACUCUCCUCAGGAGAGCUUUCUCUGCCAGCUGGCUUAUAGACAGCCUUCUCCUUCCCCGCCCUCUCUAUCAAUCCAGUGUUGAUCUUACUUAUCCUUGGUUCCUUCUGUCUCCCAGCACAAAAAGAAGUGCUCAGAAGCAAACCAUGGUGGGCAGUGAAUUUAUAGCACUGGACCCAGAGAGCCAGAGGCGGGAUGUGUUCUGUCUCCUGCGAUAGCUGUGACACGCCUUCUCUUUUCAGGGCCCCCUGGGAGCCUGACUCUGACAAGACUGUGUACUCAAGGAGCAUUAGCUGGCUUGACUAAAUAAAUGUGUAGCUCCUCA